AUGACGGCUACGCUCACGGAUCCGCCUAUCCGUACCUCCCUUCUUCUGGCGCUUACAACACAAGGUGCCCUCCUGAACGAGUUAUUCGCCGCACUCCCAUCCUCGUCCUCGGACAUUCCUGCCCUCCACGCCAGUCUCGUCCAGAGUAGUGCACAGCUCGAUGCACUUGCGGCUGAUGCAGAGGAGCACCAGCGCGCAUGGGCGGCGCUUUUGGUGCAGAAGGCCGAGGUAGAGGGACUGGAGCGGCGCAUCCGCUCAUUACUGCGGGAGUUGGAGAGUGGACGGGUCGAGCUCGAGACGCUCGUCGACGAGGGGCGGCGUGUGAGCGAGAGCAUCGCGCUUAGCGAGAAUGAUCCUGUCGGAGUGCCAGUGCUGUUGGCACAUGCCCACGCUCUGGCGCGUACCACUUCCGCACCCGUCUCCAGUUUGCUCGCACCCGUCGAUCGCGCGCAGGCCACGCCGUGGCCAAACGAAACGCAGAUGCGUCAAGGUCUACUGUGGCAACUGGGCGGGAGCAUGAGCGGCAUGGGCGAUGUUGGUGUGAUCGGCGAAGACCGUGAGGAUGAGCAACUGGGCGAGCGCAUCGAGGUUGUACAUGAAGAGCAGACCCGGCGUUACAACGACCAAGCCGUCUUCAAACUUGACUUGAACUCUGACGACUCGGACGACGAGUAA